CGACGAUGACACAUCUAUUUUAAGCGGCGAUGGUCCCGACACGGCCGGUGGCGGCGUCGCCGAUGAAGUCGCUGCUCCCUGCAACUCCCGAAGGGGGAGGAGGGCGCUCGAACAGGGGGGCGAUGAAAUCGCUCAGCGUCAUCCCGAGCGCCACGGCACCUCGGGUAUCCACUGCCCUCCGCGAGCCCCGACAUGCCACCAUAACGCCACUGACCAAGCCCCCCAUCAAAGAAAAACUCACAUUUCUCACAAAUCUGAAAGACGUCGGUGUCGAGCUGCGGCCCCCGUCUCCCUUUGACGAGCGGGCGGUGGAAGCGGACUACGGCCCCCAGCUACGCCCCCUCAUGCCAGAAAACUACCACGGCACGGAUGCGUUAAGUCGAUUUUGGACAAUGUUUCAACACCACGACACGUCGUUUCGAUCAAAACGGCCCCGCCCCGGCUCCCCCAGAACGACGUACUUGUCGCGGUUGCGACAGCUCGCGCGAUGUCCAGAGCCGUUGGGUGUGAUCCGCAAGUGCAAUUCCCCCCGUGUGGACCUCCAUCACUACGAAAUUGGCAACGAACUGGCCGCGGCGAUGGGGGAGAGCAUCGCGUUGAUCCCAGGGAUCGAUUCCCUGAACUUGGCGUCGAAUCGCAUUUCCGACCAAGCCGCCAGCGACGUGAUUGCCAACCUCGGGGCGUCCCCCACCCUGGGGUGCUUGGACAUGUCCAACAACCUGCUGAAUUUACACGCUGCCACGUCUCUGUCCGCCAUGAUAACCGGUUCCAAGACCCUGGUCCACAUCAAUCUCGAGCAUAACCAGCUCAACAACCGCGCAGUCACUCUUCUUUGUGACGCUCUCAAGAAAAACCAAACCGUGACCAGGCUCAACUUGUCCGAGAACCAGUUUUCCACACCAGGGAUGCUAGCGCUUGCGAGUAUGUUGGCCGAAAACGCAAAGGUCGAGGAAUUGUACUUGUCGUGGAACAAAAUCCGUGGCGUCGGCGCCCAGCGACUCGUGGAAGCCCUUGGCUACCACACUUCGCUGCGUGUGCUCGACUUGUCUUGGAACAGUUUGAACUCUUGCCCCAACAACAGCGUCGCAGCGGCCCUCGCCACCUCGCUAACGAACAACAAAGUGCUCGUACAUCUCGACAUUAGCAACAACGCCCUCGAUGCCAUAGCUUGCGGAAUUCUAGCCGCCGCCUUAGUGGCCAACCACACCAUCGUGGGCCUCCACAUGGUCGGCAACCAAGGUGUUGUCGACUCGAGGGGAUUCGUCAGGCCGCAGUCGACUCCGAUUGCACUGCAAGCCCAGCACAAGCACUGCGCGAUCAAGCACUUUGAGCUGCACCAGGACAAUCAGGACCCUAACACGUCAUUGGACGCGUGGUGGCCGUACGUGGAUCGGGCGUGCUGGCUGUGCGGGCGCUGGUCUGAGCACCGCUUUGUGUGGACGCCAUCGCACAAGCUGGACGCCAAGGCCAAAGUUAAACUGCACUUGUCCAUUGAUGACUGGACUGGCGACGAGAUGAACCGCAGCAACGACAUGUUUGUGCUCUACCGCAUGCUCCCGCCAGGCAAAACCAAGUACUUUAUCACGGUCGAAACUGAGAUGGGACCAGGAGCGGACAAGAAGCGCCAGUACGUGGUGCUUAAAGAUAAGCGGACGGCCCGCCUCUUGCGUGCGCAUGGAGACGAGCCGCUGUUUGGAACCCUUCAACAUGUGAAUUACAUUGCCAUGACGCGGUAUGAAGGAGCGAACCCGUGUCACGCGACGUUGCCGCGACCAGGGGCUAACACGAUCAAGGUGCUGAAGUGGGAUAUCAAAAAGUCAGUGUUUGUGUCUCGCUACAAAGAAAGCCCAAGCAAAGCCCCGGUCGAUACGGACGCGUUGGUCGCGAAAGCGUAUGCCGUCGACUUGAAGCACUCGAAAGUGGAUCGUAUUGUGAGGGACGUCGACCGCCGACGGGAACUUGAAGCCGCCGGCGCCAUCCAUUACAGAGCCAUCACCCAUUUGUAUCGAAAGUAUUGCGCCCGUGGGGUGCGCGUGGCCGUGGACCAGGUGUCGGUGUCGCUGUCUGGGUUUAACGACUUCCUCAGCGACUGCCGUUUGAUUGACGAAUCAUCCGAGCGAUGCAAAGCCUCCGACAUGGACAAUGUGUUUGUGGCCGCAAAUUUGGAGGUAACGGAAGAAGCCAAGCAGCAGGACAACCCUGAUAGAAGCCUCACACGGUUCGAGUUUCUCGAGUGUGUGUUUCGCAUUGCUAUCAACAAGUACUGCAACUGCAAGCCGGUCGAAUGUGAAUCCCCCGCACUGGCGCUUCACCGCAUUAUGGACGAGCACUUGAUGCCGAUGGUCCCGCCAGACCCCAACGACUUUCGUACAAGGUAUUUGUACAAGGAAGAAAUCAGCGACUGCUUCUUGGAGUACGUCGUGUUGUAUAUGUUUUGAUAGUUGAAAGAACUGUACGCUGCCCACAGUGGCCAUUACUGCCGCGUUGGGGAACCGCGGGGCAUGGCGAUUCAAGAAUUCAUCGAACUUAUGGAGACCUUUCACGUGCUGGACGACAAGCUUAAACAACGCGAUAUGCGUGAUUUGUUUUUCGCAUCCAAGAUGCUGCUGUUGGACGAGAUGGCGCCACCAGAAGUCCAGAAGAAGCUCCUGUAUUUCACGGAUUUCCUUGAGCUGCUGUUGCGGGUCGCCCUCGCGCGGUAUCCGCCGUCGUCCCCCACGGUCGCGGACGCGGCCAUAGCUCUGCAGACGCUCUUCGUCCGGCACAUCUGCGCCAAGGAGAAGCUCGUCGAGACGUUUCAGCACAGCGCCGACAAGGUGCGGGUGCUGGGGGCCAUCAGUCGCUUGGAGAGAAGACCGUCUAAGAAGGGGAUGCUGCAAAGCAAGGCGUCAGCCAAGGCCCUCCAGUCGCCCUCCGACACCCCCCCAGCAUAGCUCGAUAUACCGGUACAUGGGACUAGUACAUAUGCAGUACAGUAUCCCAAGACGCUUUGGGCUGUUGGUCUCCUGUAAUCAUAGAUUGAAUUUAAUAGAGUCAAUUGUGAAUUCGCUA